GUCGCCAAAUAUUUGCCAGCCCGGCCGGCUGCGGAGCCUGGCUAUAAAUGCUUGAGCCCAGGUGGAGGUGGGCCUGCCCCGCAGAACUGCAGGCUUCACAGCUGGCGCCUGCUGCCCAGAGGCCCCAGAAACUCAGACGUGCAGGAGAUGGCUGCUGGCGUGAUCCAGACUCUCUGUGACUUCCGGCUGCUUCUGCCGUCCCUUGGGCCCUUCCUGCCCGCAGACCUGGAGCCCCCAGAUACUUCUGAGGAGGAAGAGGGGGGCGAAGAAGAGGAGGAUGGGGAGGGGGACCUAGAGGGUGAGGGGCUAGGGGGCCACAGCCCAGCCCCCCAGAGCUCACGCUGGGCCAUAGCCACCCCAGAAGAGGCCCCUCCAGGUCUGAGCAGCCCAGAGACUCCACUGCAGCUUCAGUUCUCCGAGCUCAUUAGUGGAGAUAUCCAAAGGUAUUUUGGCCGCAAGGACAGAGGGCAGGACCCGGACGCCUGUGACAUCUACAGUGACAGCCGCCUGGUCUGCAGCUCAGCCAGGGAGCUUUACUGUGCAGACCUGGUGCGUCUGGCCCAGGACGGGUCAGAUGAUGACGAGUCCACUGAGCCUGGGGUCCACUCGCCUGGGGUCCCGAGGGGCAGGCGCACGGGACGGGCCUUGGCGGGGACAGGGUUGCAGCCACUGGGGCCCCUGGCUGAGCUGUUCGACUUCGGGCUGCGGCAGUUCUUCGGUUCCAGGGCAUCCACCAGCCGCCGACUGAGGCUGGAGCGGAAGUACGGCCACAUCACCCCCAAUGAGCCAGAGGAAGCUGCCCCCUCUUUCUGGAAGGAGCCAGCGCCCAGCCCCCUGGGCCUGCUGCAUCCUGGCACGCCUGACUUCAGUGACCUGCUGGCCAGCUGGUCAGCGGAGGCCGGCCCUGAGCUGCCGGGGGGGCGCCCAGCCCUGGAGGGGGUGCAGCCGGCCGAGGCCUAG